CAGACCCGGACCCCGACCCGCGCCCGCCCAGCUGCCCCGCGCUCGGCUCCGCGUACCCAGCCAACACCUUCUCUGCACCAGGGAAGCCCCACCCACCUAAAGCCAAGAUGUCCAGCAAGCGGGCCAAGGCCAAGACCACCAAGAAGCGGCCACAGCGAGCCACGUCCAAUGUCUUUGCCAUGUUUGACCAGUCCCAGAUCCAGGAGUUUAAGGAGGCCUUCAACAUGAUCGACCAGAACCGCGACGGCUUCAUCGACAAGGAGGACCUGCAUGACAUGCUGGCCUCGCUGGGGAAGAACCCCACGGACGAGUACCUGGAGGGCAUGAUGAGUGAGGCACCGGGGCCCAUCAACUUCACCAUGUUCCUCACCAUGUUCGGGGAGAAGCUGAACGGCACAGAUCCCGAGGACGUCAUCCGCAACGCCUUCGCCUGCUUCGACGAGGAGGCCUCUGGUUUCAUCCAUGAGGACCACCUGCGAGAGCUGCUCACUACCAUGGGCGACCGCUUUACAGACGAGGAGGUGGAUGAGAUGUACCGCGAGGCGCCCAUCGACAAGAAGGGCAACUUCAACUACGUCGAGUUCACCCGCAUCCUCAAGCACGGUGCCAAGGACAAAGACGACUAAGCCCUCCGGCCUCCCCUCCCCCCACAGCUCUGCACACGGCUGCACCAGCUCCACCCCCAACCUCCGGGACUGGCUGGGACACCCUCCCUGCUGAGGUCCCAGCUCCCAUGGACUGCUCGGGCCAGGGAAAGCACAGUGCUGGGCAAGAGCACAGGCUGACCAAGCUGAGGUGGACACCUCUUCCAAACCCCAGAGAUCUGGGGUUGCUGGGGAGGUUGAGCCCCUACAGGGAAGGACCGUCCUCUGGGGAAAUGGACCAGGAGGCCCUGAGAAAAAAAGCUUUCCUGAGAGCCGGGGCAGUGGUCAGGGCGUCCCUGCACCAGACCCCGUGUCACGUGCUUCCCUCACCAAGUUCCCCUCCUCACACCCUGGGGGCCCCAGAGCACGGCGCACACCCCCCAGAGAGUGGGUUCACAGCACUGUACUCUGAAGAGGAGGGUCUCCAAUAGAAGCUGAGCACUG